GCGGGAAAGGGAGAGUAGAGGGCGGGAAAAAAGGGAGGGAGAAUAGUGGGCGGGAAAGCGGAAGAGGUGGUACUUGAGUGGUCCUGGGGUGAGAGAGCAGGGUGGGUUGGAGUAUAGCAGCGGCGGGAGCAAUCGGCGGUGGUUGUCAGCCCUCGGAGGAAGAAGAAGACGAAAGAAAGCGAGAUCGAGAAGCUUUAGCUAUGGCGGCCACGGAGGAAUCAGCGGCCGCGCUUCUGCAGGACGUUAUGGCGUCGAUGAAAGUGCGACCAGAUGAUGAUGAGGAUGAGGAGGAAGUGACUAAGGAGUGGGGGAGCGUGGAGGUUGAUGCGGAGGAGACCGACGCAGCGGUGAAAAAGGUGCAGGAGAAGGAAGCAGGCGGGGUGAAGGAGGAGGUUGACGACGGCGAUGGCGGGGGAACUGUGGAUCUGCCGGAGAUGGCGUUGAAGUCGGAGAAACUGAACGAAGAAGUGGAGUCGCCUGACACGGAGAUCAAGAAAGUGCUGGCCACUGACACGCCGUACACGUCAGCGAAAUCUUUUGAAGACCUUAAUCUGACAGAACCUCUGCUGAAAGGUCUUUACACGGAGAUGAAGUUUGAGAGGCCGUCGCGAAUCCAAGCAGAGACGCUGCCCAUGAUCCUCUCUCCUCCGUAUGCGAAUCUAAUCGCGCAAGCGCACAACGGAUCGGGAAAGACCACGUGCUUCGUUCUAGGGAUGCUAGGACGUGUGGAUGCCAAUCUGAACGCGCCGCAAGCACUCUGCGUCUGCCCCACAAGGGAACUGGCAAUUCAGAAUGAAGAGGUGCUUCUGAAAAUGGCCAAGUACACAGGCAUAACUUGUGCAUGCACAGCAGGUGCAGAUGAUAGAGUCUCGGCAUCGAGGAGGGGGAAGAUUACGGAUCAGGUAGUCAUUGGUACGCCAGGGACACUGAAGCGGUGGAUGAGUAAGGAUCGCAUUCUGGACGCAAGGAGAAUGAAAAUUUUGGUCUUCGACGAGGCAGAUCACAUGCUCGCCACGGAAGGUUUUCAGGACGACUCUAUGCGGAUUAUGAGCAUGAUUGCGAGACAGUCUCCAAAUUACCAGAUAUUGUUGUUCUCUGCGACGUUCAGUGAGAGAGUGAAGGCCUUUGCUCGCAACAGUGUUCCAAGAGCAAACGAGGUCUUUGUCCCAAAAGAGGAUCUGUCGCUCGAUGUUAUCAAGCAGUAUCGAGUGAGGUGUCCGUCUAGCCAGGGCAGGUUGGAUGUUCUGCGGAACAACAUUUUCCCUCUGGCAGAGAAGCUGGGACAGAGUAUUAUUUUCGUUCGAACAAGAGAGAAUGCGAGUUUCCUUCACACCAGUCUCCAGCAGGAUGGUCAUAGAUGUACGUCCAUUCAGGGUGGGAUGUCGCAUGAGGAAAGAGACAGGGUUAUUCGAGAAUACCGAUCUGGCGAGACCAAGAUCUUAAUCUCGACAGAUGUGUUGGCGCGCGGUUUCGAUCAGGCACAGGUUACGUUGGUUGUUAAUUAUGACAUUCCGGUGAAAAUGGGAACAUGGGAACCAGAUUAUGAACUCUAUCUGCACAGGAUUGGUCGAAGUGGCAGGUUCGGCAGAAAAGGUGCGGCAUUCAACCUUGUGUGUGACCGAAAGGGUGAGGAAAUGCUGAACAAGAUUGAGGACCAUUUCGAUCGAAGGAUGGACGAGGUUAAAUAUGACGAUGAGGAUGCGUUUGAGAGAGUAUUGAAGGAGGCAGGCCUUGCUUAGGAAGGGAAGGGACUCUUCGCUGCUCUUGCCUGUGAGGUGCAUCCCCAGAAGAAGUGUGAAUGCACUCUGGUCAUAACUCUCUGUAUGAACAAAUAAUGGAACUGCAAUAAGUGUUCAUGCAGACAGUCCAGCAGUAGGGGGGGGGCAGAGAAGGGGAGAGAGAGAGAGAGAGAGAGAGAGAACGUGUCCGGAGCCGUCUUGAAGUGGGGGGGGGGGGGGGGGGGGGGGGGGAGGGAGGGAGAGAGAGAAACGUCAGUAUCAAUAACAGGCUCAGCAUCUUUCAGCCUGUUCCCAAGUAGUCUUCUUACUCUACCAUGCCUCAGAGAGAGAGAGAGAGAGCAUCUUUCAGUCUGUUCCCAAGUAGUCUUCUUACUCUACGCUGCCACAGAGAGAGAGAGAGAGAGAGAGAGAGGUGGAUGUGUUGGGAGCUGGCUUGACGUCCAGCUCCACAGAACUAUGUAGAUGAAGGGAAUAUCGUCCCCAUAGCUAGGAGAGGGUAUGGUUGCAUUUUCUCCUUGCCACGCCAUAUUAUUUGCGGUAGCCAAACAUGUUUUUUUUUAGAACUGUGCAUAGUUUCUGCCGUUGAGAUAGGGGAUUUCUUCUGAUUGAAAUCUGUGUCUAGGUUCUGCUGUUCAGGUAAUUUCUUCACAUCGAAUUUUUGCAGCGCAGCUUUUUGUCGAAUGUGUCAAAAGACUUUUCUGGUAGUCGAGAGUGUUUUCUGUACGGCAAGAUGUGUCUGUCUUCCAGCUAUGCGAGUCCGGAACCGCAAUCGGUUGGAAAUGGUGAUCAAAAGUCGUUUUUUAGGGGUUCUUCCAGCUAGAAGUAUUUGAAUCUGCGCAUCGAUGAACCUGGACGUGCGGUCUGUUCAUGUGUCUGUUUGUUGGUCUGUACUCCUUUUUUGCUGCAUAGAUAUCUGUCUGUCUGCCCUGUCUAGAAAGAUGUGUCUGUCUGUCUGUCCGUCUGCCUGUCUGUCUGCCUUCCUGUCUACUGUGUGUUUAUCCACCCUUUGUCUGCUUGUUUGUCUGCUUGUUUAUCUUAAUUUUUAAUGCGUUUGUC